GAGCCCCUCUCUAUGGCCUGUGAAUAACAAAAGGAAAUCGCUGGGCUGCGUUGCCUGCGAGUCCUUUGCGCUGACAAACAGUUCUCACUACUCUCGUGAUGACCAACAGUCGAAUCCUUUUCCAACGAAGUUCUUCAAAUGCUUGAAGUUUAACAUGAGGGCUGACUGAAUUAAAAAACCCAAGACAUUGUAAUGCUAAAAAAUAUUUAUGAAGUACAAUUCUAGCUAUCCAGAGUUGUUUCUAUGAAGUUAUGCCGUUUGCAUAUUCAAUAUAUAAUAUAAUCAUAAGAUAAAGACUUUCUUAUGGUUGCAUCACAAAGCUUGACGUCCAUUUUGACGUCAUUGAACCAAGGUAUUAAUAGAUAUUUGCGAUAGUAAAGAAAUGUCAGGUUCUAUAUAAGGCGUUGUAACUUAAAGAACCUCUCAGUUGUAAACAAAUUAUAGCAGAAUGCUAUCCAUUGUGUUGCUGUCUUUUUUGGCUCUGGCCAAAAGUGCUCCCUUGAAUGAAAAAAAUGAAACCCUUUGUGAGUUUUUUAACGAUGUCGAUACAUACAAACGCAACCUGAUUGAAAUGCAUGUGAAUGUUUUGAAAUCUACUCUGGAGCAGGAGAUUAUUACAAAGGACGACCCAAAAACGGAAGAUUAUGUGACCUUUCUGAAAUAUUAUUUAGACCGAGGAGAUCACAUCACUUCUUUAAGUUCCAAUGCAGAAAAAAUGGAAUACUUCAGAGGUUUUUUGAUCGCGGCUCGGGAAAAAUCAAUAGUUCUCCCAGAUCUUUUACUGAAUGUGGUUACAUCUAAGGACGAGCUGAAAGCCAACUGGGCUGAGGAUAUGAAAAACAAGUGGACGAAACAACCAGUUAACUUUCUCAAUCUAUUACGCGCCUACAAAAAUAUACUCAAAGGCCAAACUGAUUUGAAUGUAUCCGCGUUCAAAGAUUUGAAGCAACAGUACAUGUGUGAAAAGAUUGUAUGAGAUCAAACUAUAAAAAAAACAUCUAACCAUAAACAACCACUCUUUGGUAAAAUAAAUACAUUUUCGUUUGAAAUAAUUACUUUUGAAAUAUUGUAUCUCAGGAUUUCCAUUACAGAAGUAUAUGACUUUGAGUCUUA